UUUGUCCACGUGCAGCUGGAGACGCCGGUGCGCUGAGCGCGUCUUGCGGGUUUUGCGCUUUUACGCAUCGGCUGGAUUUGCGCACAGGAGGGAUGUUGAAGACACCUGUCGUGAUUUUCACUUCUUUAUCGCUUCUGUUGUCGCUGUCAUGUGCUGGAGAUGUAAAAUCGCGCAGCUGCAGCGAUGUGCGCCAGGCGUUCACGACCAAAGGCUUCAGUCUCCAUAAUGUGCCACGUCAGGAGAUAUCAGGUGAACAUCUGCGGGUUUGUUCCCAAGACUACACCUGCUGCACUUCAGACAUGGAGGACAGGCUCAGCCAGCAGAGUAAACUGGAUUUUGAGAAAUUAGUGGAUGAGAACAGCCGCACCAUACGGACGAUAUUUACCUCCAGACAUAAAAAGUUUGACGAGGGCCAAGUGUUUGUCUCCAGCCCCUGACCUGAAAGAGAGCAUGUAUGGUUCCUCUUCACAGCUAAAGCACAACC